ACAAUUUGGACGACUCAACCGGAAACCACCCGGGCAGAGAGAGCGGAGGCAGGUAGCAGAGAGAUGGCAGCCGCGGCUGUGGCUGAGUUUCAGAGAGCAAGGUCUCUUGUUGGAACUGACCGGAAUGCCUCCAUCGAUAUUUUACAUUCUAUAGUGAAGCGGGACAUCCAGGAGAGUGAUGAGGAGGCGGUGCGUGUUAAAGAGCAGAGCAUCCUGGAGCUGGGUGGGCUGCUGGCGAAGACUGGCCAAGCUGCAGAGCUUGGAGGCCUGCUGAAGUAUGUACGGCCCUUCCUCAACUCCAUCUCCAAGGCCAAAGCAGCCCGGCUGGUCCGCUCCCUGCUGGACUUGUUCUUGGACAUGGAAGCUGCCACGGGUCAGGAGGUAGAGCUCUGCCUAGAGUGCAUCGAGUGGGCCAAGGCUGAGAAGAGGACCUUCCUAAGACAGGCACUAGAGGCUCGACUCAUCUCACUGUAUUUUGACACAAAGUGCUACCAGGAGGCACUACAACUCGGCUCACAGUUGCUGCAGGAGUUGAAGAAGAUGGACGACAAGGCUCUCCUGGUGGAGGUCCAGCUGCUGGAGAGUAAGACGUACCAUGCACUCAGUAACCUGCCCAAGGCCCGGGCUGCGCUUACCUCUGCCAGGACAACCGCCAACGCCAUCUACUGCCCCCCCAAACUACAGGCAGCUUUAGACAUGCAGUCAGGAAUCAUUCACGCAGCAGAGGAGAAAGACUGGAAGACGGCGUACUCAUACUUCUAUGAAGCCUUUGAGGGCUACGACUCUAUUGACAGUCCUCGAGCCAUCACAGCCCUGAAAUACAUGCUGCUCUGCAAAAUCAUGCUCAACGCCCCGGAGGACGUUCAGGCCCUCAUCAGUGGCAAACUAGCUCUGCGAUACACAGGCAGACAGACAGAAUCUCUAAAAUGUGUGGCACAAGCCAGCAAGAACCGAUCUCUGGCAGACUUUGAAAAGGCACUAACAGAUUACAAGGCCGAGCUGAGGGACGACCCCAUCAUCAGCACCCACCUGACCAAGCUGUAUGACAACCUGCUGGAACAGAACCUCAUCAGGGUCAUCGAGCCUUUCUCCAGGGUCCAGAUUACACACAUCUCCUCCCUCAUCAAACUCUCUAAGGGAGACGUGGAGAGGAAAUUAUCACAGAUGAUUCUGGAUCAGAAGUUUCAUGGUAUUUUGGACCAAGGUGAAGGCGUGCUGAUCGUAUUUGAAGAGCCGAUGGUGGACAAGACCUACGAGGCAGCACUGGAGACCAUUCAGAACAUGAGCAAAGUGGUCGACUCUCUUUACAACAAAGCAAAAAAGCUCACAUAAGAGGGAAUGAAMUCAUCUGUCAUCCUGUCCGGACUGACAUGGGCCAGUCAGAUCUCUGUCAUCCACUCACCUCAAUCUGGGGAGGAUGAGGAGAUUACAAACACUCUACCCAGCAAGCAAAUAAACUAACUGUCCAGAUGAUGAAGACCCUUCCCCCCAAUGAGGAAGAAUGUGACAGCGUGGACUCCUCUGCUCGUUCCAUCCUGUCACGGUCUCUGAUUGGGGUCGAUAAGACACACAGUGCGCCCCCUAAUGGACAACUCCCGGCACUGCACUCUCCUUUUCUGCCUCUGCUGGUUUCUACUGUAUGUAAAGUUGGACAAGCCUCCCCCUGCCCCUUAACCCCCCUGUUUCCUCCAAAAUUUUUCUCUCUGCGCUGGCCUUCAGGGAAUCUUGUAAAAUAACAAAGAAUAUGUAUACAGUACUUAAACACACGUGUAUCAUACAAAUAAAAAUGUUUGUUGUCAGAGCKGGGUCAGAGGGUAGUCAGUGGGUCUGAAUUUGUUGUUUCAUUUCUGGAGCAACUCUGAAACUGAAUGUUUCCUUUUUCAUUGUGCAAAUGUAUAAAAUCAAUCAAAGGCCACCCCUCUAAAAAACAAAAAAGUAAAUUCUUUACAAGUUUGUGAACUUGCAGCACAUUUGAAUUGACCUGCCUGGUGUCACAAAGCAUUAUGGGACAGUGAGGGACACAUAACUGUUCUGUCCAUUUGGAAACACAGAACGUCCUGUCCCCCAUGCACUUCCUGUUUGUACAUAACAUUUUCCAAUUGUUUUCUGUUCAUUCAGGGCCCAAUCACUCUGCUCCCUGGUUUUUAUUUUAAGAAACUUGUAAGAAAAGUAAAACUUGCCUCUGAGAGCUCAGACGGUUCCUCUGCGUCGAGUUGGUUGCAGAAAAGGGAGGUUUUCCUGGAGAAAAUGAAGUUGUACAUUUCUGAGAACUUUAAUUUUGCAAAGACUUUUAAGGGUUUACCAUGUAUGGCAUAGAGGAAGACAAAUGCUAAUAAAAAAAUAAACCUGUA